GGCCAGUAUUUGAGUAGAUCAUGACCAGUUCAGCUGUCCAGUCUGUCUGGAUCUGCUGAAGGAUCCAGUGACCAUCCACUGUGGACACAGUUUCUGUAAGAAACAACAUGCUGGCUGAAGUGGUGGAGAAACUGAAGAAGACAGAACUCCGAGCUGCUCCUCCUGCUCCCCAUUACGCUGGACCUGGAGAUGUGGAGUGUGAUUUCUGCACUGGGAGAAAACUCAAAGCCAUCAAGUCCUGUCUGACGUGUCUGGCCUCCUUUUGUGAAACUCAUCUUAAACCUCACUGUGAAGUUCCUGCAUUGAAAAAGCACAAGCUGGUCAAAGCCUCCUCACAGCUACAGGAGAAGAUCUGCUAUUUGUGUACAAUGGAUAAACACAGAGGUCACGAUACAGUCCCAGCUACAACUGAAAGAACCAAGAAAAAGAGUCAACUAAAGGAGAUUCAGAGUAAAUUCCAGCAGAGAAUCCAGGAGAAGCAGAAGGAGCAGCAGGAGCUGAAACAGGCUGUGAAGACGCUUAAGCGCUGUGCUCAGUCUGCAGUGGAGGACAGUGAGAGGAUCUUUACUGAACUGAUCCGCUCCAUUGAGAAAAAGCGCUCUGAGGUAACAAAGCUGAUCAGAGCUCAGGAGGAGGCUGAACUGAGUGGAGCUGAAGAACUCCUGGAGAAACUGGAGCAGGAGAUCGCUGAUCUACAGAGGCGACGCACUGAGCUGGAGCAGCUUUCACACACAGAGGAUCACAUCCAUUUCCUCCAGAGUUUCCAGUCUCUCUGUGUCUCUUCUGGAUCUGAGGACUCACCCAGCAUCACUGUCCAUCAGCACCUCUCAUUUGAUGGAGUGAGGAGAUCUCUCUCUGAGCUGAAGGAGCGACUAGAGGAGCUCUGCAGAGAGGAGUUCAGUAAAAUCCCUCCUCAUGCUGCAGCAGUUCAGAUUUUAUCCUCAGAACCAAAAAACAGAGAUUUUCUUCAGUAUUUCUGUCAGCUGACUCUGGAUCCCAACACAGCAAAUUAUUACCUCAUUCUGUCUGAGAAGAACAGAGUUGUGUCAUGGAGUAAUACAGAGCAGUCAUACCCUGACCAUUCAGAGAGAUUUCAAUACUUUUUACAGGUGUUGUGUAAGGAGAGUGUGAGUGGACGCUGUUACUGGGAGGUUGAGUGGAGCGGUAAGGGAGGUACUGCGUUCAUAUCAGUCUCAUAUAAAGGGAUCAGCAGGAAAGGACGAAGUAAUGAUUGUGGGUUUGGGCACAACAGUCAGUCCUGGAGUCUGCGGGUUUCUCCGUCUCUCACUUUCUGGCACAACAACAUUCAGACUGAGAUCUCAGGACCAUCAUCCUCCAGAAUAGGAGUGUAUGUGGAUCACAGUGCAGGAACUCUGUCCUUCUACAGCGUCUCUGACACAAUGACCCUCCUACACACAGUCCACACCACAUUCACUCAGCCGCUCUACGCCGGGUUCUGUGUCUACUGGGGAACUGUGAAGUUAUGUAAUAAAAAAUGAUGUGUUUUAUCAUUCACCUUGCUGUUUAAUUGAUGAACUGUAACUGAAUUUGACCCAUAUUUAUUUUUCAGCUCAUAACCAUUAUUAUUCCUGCAUGUUCUCGAACUGUACCAUGAGCCCUUCGAGCUUCAAGUUCAGCGUGGCUUGACCCCCCAUCCUUCAAUGUGCUCGUAAAACACGCAUCAGCACUGUUCUCUGUACUGGCACCCAGGUGCUGGAACAAACUCCCACUGGCUGUCCGUACAGCAGAGUCUCUCACUGUCUUCAAACACAGACUGAAGACACACCUCUUUAUACAGGACUUAAUUGAGCACUGAAUUAAGUACUGAUUGUAAUGUACUGUAUUGUAUUGUAUUGUAAUGCAUCGUAUUGUUUUGUAUUGCGGUGUUCCUUUUUCUCUGGGUAUCAAUUGUGACUUUUUCUUUCUAGCCGUAUCUGAGCUCAGGACUGGCUUUCUCUCUAACCUACUGGUAACUAGCAAAGAUACUUUCUCUAGACAGACAAGGCGCUUCUUGUAAGUGGCUCUGGAUAAAAGCGUCUGCUAAACGCUGUAAAUGAAAAAUGUAAACGUUACACAGAGUUUGACCCUCAUUCACUCAGCCUCUCUGCUGAUAAAGAGCCAUACGUGUUUCAGUAACACAGAAAAUGGGAAAUGAAACCAUUAGAUUAGGGUGUGAAUGAGUUGUUUCCCUCCAGCUCACUGAGACUCUGGCAGGUCACACAUGGAUUUACAUGGAGAAUCAAGCAGAACCUCCAUUUCAUUCAUCCAGAAUCUCAAAGCUGUUCUCCAAAUAGGUUCCCAGUUCUGAAUGUUUAAAGCUGCUCCAGCAGGUUCUGAACCACAUCUUAAAUACUGAGUUUGACUGCUUACAGAACCACUGAACUGAGCUGAAAUAUUAACUGGGAAUAAAUACAACAGUAAGAAUAAUAUUUCACUGUAAAUCAACUGCUUUGACCCUAAUAAACUCCCACAAGAGUCUGGUUUAAUAAAGGAGUUUAUAUUAAGUUUAAUCGUUCCUGGAGGAACGCAAUUUCACUCCACUGUGUGCUUGUACAUAGAUAGAAUGACAAUAAAAGCCUCUUGACUUGCA